AUAGCACAGCGACUGGUUUGAGACUCCAGCGUCUGCGAAACCUCCAACUCAUUUACUGGAUAUUUAUUCACCUGUAGGACGCUCCUCACUAGACAGCCAGACGCUUCGGCGCAAUUUUGGAGGACUAAAAGCGGUUUGUACGAUCUGAAAGCGAGUUUUGACCCCACAAUAUCAGUGAACUCAAGAGGAACGCGCUGAAUUCAGACUGGUACGUUAACCUGAAGUUUUUGUACUCGCCGAUCAAGGAAAACCAGGACAAGCUCGUAACAGUUUUAUCUCCAGUGAUUAUCAGUAGACUGUUUCGGUUGAUUUAGUUCUGUUCUGAGCUGACUGAGUUCAACAAACGGACAACAACAGGCAAAUUGGUCGAGGUGGAUUGUCCACCCUAAUCACCGAUGAACAUGUCAAGACUGUUUAGCGCACUCUUUCUCUUAUUUCUUCAAGGGUCAUUGGCUCAGCGAGUGAGGGUGGAGCCAGAAGUGAUGUCAUAUCCAGGUCAGACGGUGACACUGCGGUGCCAGUUUCCAAACCCGGGCGAUACUCAGCUCACUCAGGUGUCAUGGAUCCUAGAACCCACUGAAGGAGAUCGAACCAACAUUGCAGUUUUCCAUCCAAAGUUUGGGGUAAAUUACCCGCCUCAAUCCCCUGUGGCAGGGCGUGUCAUUUUUUUGUCUAACCCGCCCUCUCUGGAUAAUCCAUCCAUUCAAAUCAAAGACGUGAAAAUGACUGAUGAGGGCCGAUACAUCUGUGAAUAUGCCACCUACCCUACCGGCAAUGAACAGGGCGUCUCUUCGCUGAUUAUGCUGGCUAAACCAAGGAACAUGGGUACUACUGUCACAGUUAACACUGGCAAUACCCCGGUCAUCGUAGCACGCUGUGAAUCGUCCAAUGGCCGUCCGGCAGCGACCAUUUCUUGGACCACAGCGGUUAACGGAAACGCGACAACACCAGUGAAAACGAACAAUCCAGAUAACACUGUCUCCGUCCAGAGCGAGUACAUGUUGAUACCACAGCCCUCGGAUAAUGGCAAAGACAUCAGCUGCGUGGUGUCACAUCGAACCAUGCCCCAACCUGAGACCAUCCCAAUGAAGCUUACCGUUGAAUAUCCUCCCCAGGUGCAGAUUGUGGGGUAUGAUAACAACUGGUACAAGGGUCGGACAAGUGCGUUUUUGACUUGUCAAGCUGAUGGAAACCCCGCCCCCACCACUGUCACCUGGAGAACUUUGUCAGGGCUGAUGCCUGACACAGUGCAGGUGCAGGAGAAUCGUCUUGCCGUGGUGAAGGUGGACGACAGCAUCAACACCACCUUCAUUUGUGAGGUCAGAAACAGUCUGGGAAGCGGCAGAGAUCAGGUCACCGUCUUUGUGAGAGAACAAUCACCUUCCACCUCAAAUGCGGGUGUGAUCGCAGGCGUGAUCUUCGCGUGUCUCCUGGCCAUCUUACUGAUCAGCGGUCUUAUCUUCUACCUGGUUACCCAUAACCGCCGCCAAAAACAUGGUUACCGUGGUACCGGCAAACCAACCGGUGCUCCGUACGACUCCUUUACUCGCCUCUUCAGCUCUGCCAAAUCCAGUAAAAAUGGUACAGGAAACAACGGAAACAACAACACGCCCAUUUACCGAGGAGAGGUGGGGCUUAACGAGAAAGCAGCCAAUCAGGGCAUGCAUCCAGGGGGCAUGGCUCUGCUUGAGACCACACAUACUCACACAGCGGAAGAUAUUUUGCUUAGCAGAGAGAUAGACGAGGUAGAAAGGAAGAAGUUCGAUGAACUGGAAGAAGAGGAUGAGCGAUAUGACCAUUUCACCGGAGGCGGACCCAUCCUACAGCUCCGCCAACACGACGAUGACAUCGAUGAUGAUAUGGAGUCCCAGAGGGAUGGCUCUGUGAUCUCACGGACUGCUGUCUAUGUGUAAGAGGAGAGGAGAGAGAGGUUCUGAGCGGGUGAGCGACUGAAUAAAGAAAGAUUAAGAAAGAACACUGGACCUCCUCCAGAAGGAAUGUAUUUCUUCCUCUUAAAGAAUAUUAAUUUUAAUGUAAAAACAAAUGAUGACAUCAAAUACCAUGAGAGAACGGACUAAUGGACGGAUUGCAUUAAUGAAUGGAUGAAUUAAUACGCUGGAUAUAGCACAGUUUAAAGCAUGGAAGGAUCGGGUGAAGGAAAUACAGACUAAUAAAGGCAAAGCUGUUGGGCUUUCAAUUCCUAAUUAUUGAUCUAGUCGCCAUGGUGACAGGUUCUAAGAGUAAUCCGAAACUUCAGAUGUUGACACAACAUAAUAUAUGUGACAUGCACACACAUGAAGUUGAAUUUAAAUCCACUUUGCUGUUGGUUAUCCACGUUUUUCAUUUCUGUUGAUCAUGAUUUAAUUACUUCAGACUUGAUUCACUCAACAAAGUUGAGUUUGGUUAGAGCACACGCUUUCGGCCUUUUCCUUACAUCUGUCUCUCACGGCACGUUCUGUGGAAUUUGUGUCUUGUGUAGAUUUUGAAUGAGUCACAGAUGCACAGUGCUUUUCAUAUAUUACACACUCAGACUAAAUCAAUCAAACUGUUGUUUUCCUGUCUAAUAUUUGACUAGCCAUGCCUAUGACUAUGACCAUCCUUCCUGUAAUUUACCCUCACACACUUUUCCGUAUUGAGAUAAGUGUACAGUUCACUCUGAGACACUCAUUAUACAGCACUCAAUAGCUGAAUCAUGUGACCUGACUCACAAGUGAAUCAGUUGGUUCCAAGGCUAAUCAAAUCAAAAGUUAAUGAACGAUGUGUGCGUUUUCACCCUCAAUCCAUUUUACUGGGAAAACAAUGUUCUAGAUGUGUUCAAGGCAGUGUGAGUGUUUAGGUGGAGAAAGGUUAUUCCUGCACAUUUACAAUUUCCUUAUGCAUUAGAUAAGGCCUAUUGUGAUAAACCGUAAAAACAUUGUACUGUAGCAUAUCGCUGUAAGAAUACAAACAUGUCAGGGUUUAAAUGUCACAGAGGAAAGAAUCCAUCAAAUAAUACAUCCAACUAAAUAGAAUGUUACAACUACAGUAUAGUGCAAAAAAAAAAAAAAAAAAAAAUUCGGAUUCAUUAAUUUUCUUAUUUUCCAGUUAAAAUACAUAAACAUCCUUGAAACAAGAUACUCGAGAAGAUGGAAGAGAUAUUGUGUAAGAUCCAGUAUUAAGAUGUAUUCAGAGAAAUACGUUUUUCUUGUUUUACGCUUAAACCUCACUACAUUUUGUUCAAUUGAUGCUUAAAAAAAAAUAAAAAUAAUUGCCAGUGGGAUAUAAAAAGCUUAAGUCUCAGUUUUGCUAAAAAAGGGAUUCUCACUAAAUCUGUCAAGAAAAGGUCCUGGUGAGCCCCAAAUCAUUGCAUAUGCAAAAUGUAAUUGCAUAUUUGUUAAGAAAAAUGAAGCAUGCAUUUAGGACCAUUAGGAUUUUUGGCAAUUUGUCGUCAUUUUAAGUACUCUAAAGCACAUUUACCCCACGUUACCAUAAUGCGUUCGGACAUUUUACAUGUUCUAUUGACAUUGUUUUAAAUGAUGAUUCUCAUGACUGUAAAAGUCUUUUUUUAAUUUUUUUUUUUUUUUUUAACUGUAUUAAAGUAAAAGGAUGCUGUUGUACAAUGAUUUUUUUUUACAUUAAUAUCACAACAAAUGAAAUGCAGGACCAAGGGAGUACUACAAUGACGUUUUAAAUAAUAUUUAACAUUACAGUAAUGAGAAUAUCAUAAUAACCGUUUUUUCAUAUCGCAGUAUUGAGAACGGGGGAGAAAUGUGCGUAACUGCCAUGAACAUUAUGUCACAAUGUAAAACAUCUUAAUGGCCUUAAAAAUAGGCUUAAUUUUCUUUAUGCAAAAUAUAAUAUCUUAUUUGUUUCUUUUGGCUUAAGUGUAAAAUAGGACCAGGACAUUUUCUUGACAGGUUUUGUGAAGAAUCACCCAUAUUGUAAAGUAAAUGUAAAUAUAAGGAUGUCUAGAUAUUUUAACUUGUAAACAAAACAAAAACACUAAUUACGAAAAUUAUUUUUGUAGUGUUCAUUUAUGAAGUGAUACUGAAUCCACUUAUGUACAUCUAACAAAUCUAUAUUUAUAACUAUACUCCACGUCCAGGGUGGUUACCAUGGCCACACAGCUAAAUAUACCUCUCUUCUAAUAGUGCAGUUAUGCAUCACUUGCUCUGUUAUUUCCUUGUUUAAGUGUUGUUCCUCUCAGUUGGGAAAGAUUCACGGCCGAGCAGGGAGGAAAUUAAAUGAAGAAGCUCUUCAGUGAGUGAACGAGAGACAGAUUGUGCGUAUUGUUCGAUGUGAGGUGAUUGUAAACUACUGUAUGUACACAUUUUAUUUUUCUUAAAAAUGAAAAAUGUCUAUACUUCUAAAUGUUGUAAAUAAGGAGACGGGGCGAGGCGAAUAUCCAGGAAGAAUGUUGCGCACGUCAGCCAUGGCUUUGUGUGAAUAAAUAAGGCCGAUUUAUAUAUGAGAGCGCAUAUCACAUUUAUAUCAGUAAUCUAGUGUCAACUGUACUAUUUUCACCUGUUGGUUACCACUGCUCUAAAUAAAGAGUUCUUUAUACACUUUCA